AUGGCAGAAACAUUAUCGUCUCAUUGGUUUCGUGUUAUUUUACCAAUUUGUUUUAUUUGUUUUCUUUAUUUAUGUUCAUUUUAUUUAUUUCUAUGUGCAACAAAUUCUUUAAUCUAUUCAACUGUUUGUUUACUUCAUGCUAAUGAAUCAUUUUGUUCAGAAAUUGAUCGAAAUAAAUCUCUACGUGCUUCGCAAGAAUCUAUACAAAGAGAAAGUUCCCAAUGGUCUCUUUAUGGAACAUUAUCGUUUGCAAUAGUUGCAUGUUUUGUUUCACCUAUUUAUGGAAGUUUAUCCGAUACAAAAAAUCGUAAAUUACCCAUUGUUUUAACGGUAUCUAAUGCAAUAAUAACUGGUUUAAUAAUUACAAUUGGAAGUGCUUAUCAAGGUACGAAAAUAUGUUUAUUAUUUUAUAUUUUGGCUAAUAUUGUUAAUGGUUUUGGUGGAGGAUCUUUGACUCUUAUUUCUUCAUGUUUUGGUUAUGCAACUGACAGUUGUAAUGAUAAAGAAAAACAUACUCAAAUAAUUGCAAUUAUUGA